AUAUCUACUACAUAGGUUAAGCUUUUGGGUCUCAUUGCAGCAUACUACUUCGUACAUACAUACCUGGUACGCAAACUAAACAUAACAACAAUCGACACCGAGAUCCAGGGAAAUCUCGGAAUAUAAAAGGUGCCCUCCUUUCCCACACAUCGUUACCCACAUUAUAAGCAGUCCAGUCACGCACGCACGCAGCAGCAGCAAGUCCCAGCCCACCAAGAUGCCGGAACGCAAGACAUACGUAGUGGAGCACCUGGACGCGGAGCUGGGGCCGUGGUCGGAGCUGGAGUACGCGGCGAUCGCGGAGGAGACGCAGCGGGCGCAGAGCACGUUUAUGCUGUCGUCGCUGCCGCGCGGGUUCAAGGUCCCGUACAAGCUGACGGGGUUCCCGUCCUUCAUCGCCGAGGGCCGGAGCAUCGAGGAUAUAUACACGGACGAGGAGGACAGGGAGAGGGUGUGUCUGCUGGAUCCGCAGGCGGAGAGGGAUUUGAGCCCGGAUGAUAAGAGGGACUUCGAUGUGUUUCUGUUUGGCGGGAUUCUGGGCGAUGAUCCGCCGAGAGAUCGCACGUCCGAGCUACGUAAGAAGGGAUACCAGGGCCGCCGGCUAGGCCCCGUGCAGAUGACGACGGAUACGGCGGUGAGGGUGACACGGAUGGUGAUCGAGGAGCAGUUCACGUUGAACAAGAUACCCUACCUCGACUACCCCGAGCUCAAGUUCACCGAGCACGAGAGCACGGAGAUGCCGUUCCGAUACGUGAAGGGCAAAGACGGAAAGCCGAUCAUGCCUCAGGGAAUGAUAGAUCUUAUCAAGAAGGAUGCCGACAAGAGUAUCAACGAUCUAUUCUAGAAUCCAUUCCAGAAUGAAUUCUAGACUGUGAACUGCAACGAGUACCGGGACGAAAUUGGGCAACGAGUGAUUAGGACAGGCUAGGUACCUACCUACCUAACCUGACCAACAAAAUUACUUGACUAAACGCAAACGCCAUGGCUGGUUGAUGGGGUUUGAGGAUCAUCGAGUAGUCUGUGACUACCUAGUUACUGU